AUGGACAAUGACCAAGGCACAAAAGAGGAAGUGGUCGCGUGGAUCCGCCAGAUCCACGGCCGAGUGCAGGCUGAUUUUGCCGCACAGGGGGUCCACCCUGACAAUUUGCUUCGGAAUCCAAAAGCCCAGAAGCUGCUGAAAAAGCAGAUGGGCGACGCCUUGGCCCUUGGCGCCACGGCCCCGGCUACAGCCAUCGUGAACCUCGCCGAGGGCAUCCUGAACCCGGUUGAGGACAUCGAGCUCCCCCAUCUCUCGGCGAGCUUUGUGGGCGACGUUCUCUGGCAGACCCUUGGGAAUCAAGAUACCCACAUCUGGGACCUGCGUCCCGAGAUCGAGCCACUCAGCCCUAAGCCCUAA